AUUAAUUGAAAAGCAAUGCAAAACAAUUUGUCUUUGGAUCCAGAGCUGGGGCUACUGGUACAUAAGGGGGUUGACAUACCUCAGGGAGCUGUGAAUAUAUCGUCUAAGCAUACUCGGCUGGACAUCCAGUUGGAGACAGCUGCUGGGGAUCCCUUACAUUACCCUGGCUUUACAACAGUGUCCUUGCUGAGCUACGCAAACCUGAAAGAGUCUGCAGACGGCUUCUUUAGUGGGAUGGAGCCACAAGUGAACCACAGCUAUGAGAUUGACUCUAAAGUCAUGACUGCCACCGUUAGCAACAGAAACACAAAGCACCUCGAGAAACCUGUCAAGUUGACUUUCCACCACCUCAAGCCAAAUGAAUACAACCACACCUGUGUGUUCUGGGAUUCCUCGGUGGACGGAGGCUCAUGGUCGGCUCGUGGCUGCUAUGUGAUGGAGUCCAACUCUGAAUACACUGUGUGUUCCUGCAACCAUCUGAGCAGCUUUGCUGUCCUCAUGGCGCUCUAUGAUAUCGAGAACAAGUUUGAGCUGCAGCUGAUCACCUUGGUGGGUCUGUCCCUCUCGCUGAUUUCCCUGUUUAUGUGCAUCCUGACCUUCUCGCUGAUUCGCUCCAUUAAAAGCUCAAGAACCACCAUCCACCUGCACCUCUGCAUUAGCCUCUUCAUUGCCAACAUCAUCUUCCUCGCAGGCAUCACUCGCACGGAGAACCGGGUUGGCUGUGCCGUGGUAGCUGGGCUGCUGCAUUUCUUCUUCCUGGCAGCAUUUUGCUGGAUGUGUCUGGAGGGCAUACAACUCUUCAGGAUGGUAGUCCUGGUCUUUAACACCAACUUCAAAAUGCUCUACAUGAUGGCAGGUGGCUAUGGAGUCCCAGCUUUUAUUGUCGCUAUCUCUGCUUUAGUUAAUGCCAAGGGAUAUGGCACCAAGAGACAUUGUUGGUUACACCAGGAGUUCAUUUGGAGUUUCUUUGGCCCUGUCUGCGUCAUCGUCAUAAUCAACAUUUUCUUCUUCCUCAUCACUGUGUGGAAGCUGGCACAGAAGUUCUCAAGUCUCAACCCCGACUUUAACAACCUGCAGAAAAUAAAGUGAGUGAGCACAAGCAACAAUCAGGCACAUAAUCAGGCAUCUAUAUAGACAUAGGAGUA